AUGUAUUUUGAUCUGGAGAAAGGAAUAUGUGGCCCCAAGGAAUAUGUUGAAUGUGAUAUUACAACCACGGAAGCACAUAAACCAACUACAACUCAAGUGCCCACGACUAUUCCAAAAGUCAUCUCGACAAAAACACCGACACUUCCACCAGAACCCAUUUGUUUCAAGUGUCCCGAGCCAUGUGGCCUGUUUCCGGACCCCAAAGACUGUGAAAGGUUUUACUUCUGUUAUACCGGUUUGUCUUUUCGCAAAAAAUGUCCAUCUGGUCUCCACUUCAACGCUUUUCUUCAAACCUGCGAUAAACCUGGUGCAGCUGGCUGUGGGAAGACAGUCGUUCCAACCAUUAGACCAGCAACAAACCAAACAUGUAGUUCCGACUGCUCGAUGAUUCGGGACACCAAAGACUGCACUAAGUACAAGUUUUGUAAGGAUAAUAAAAUUCAUGAAAUGUCCUGUCCGCCUGACCUGGCCUUCAACCCCAAAACGGACACUUGUGACUAUGCUGAUAAGGUGGAGUGCAGAGAUCCAAGAUGUCCUGAACCUAAUGGUCUCUUUCCUCAUCCAGACUCCUGUCUGAAAUACAUCAAAUGUGAAAAUUGGCAGUUCAAGAUUAUGAAGUGCCCAGAGGGUCUUGGGUUUAACCCUAACACCAAGUGCUGCAACUGGCCUGACACCUGCAAUGAAAAGGUCAUCAAGCCUCUCAUUGUCUAUCCAGCCAAGAAAGAGUGUCCGUGUUAUUGCUGUGCUAUUGCUGACCCUAACGACUGUAGCAAGUUUACGCUUUGUGUCAAUGGCCAUGCCAUUAACGAACAGUGUUCUGGAGGACUUCUUUUCAGCCCUAAGACCGAGAACUGUGAUUAUGCUAAGAAUGUAAACUGUAACCGAACGUGUGACAAGGACUGUGAUGAUAAGCCAACAGUGCCACCUGGUAACUACUGCAAGAAACCGUCCGGUCUCUUUCCUCAUCCCACUAAAUGCAACCUCUUUAUCCAUUGCUCCAAAAAUAUUCAUCACAUCAAGGAAUGUCCAAGUAUUCUUCACUUUAACCCAAGACUCAGAGUCUGUGAUUGGCCAUGGAAUACAGGCUGUGGAAGCAACACCACAGAACCUGAACCAGAGCCAGAGAUACCUGAUGAUAAAGUAACCUGUGACUGUGACUGCUGCUUUUUACCUGUAAAGGGAGACUGUGCCGCCUACAUUCGAUGUGAAGGAGGCAUCGCCUACCGUGGUAGAUGUCCUGGUAGUUUACUCUUUAAUAAAGAUGUGGAAAACUGUGAUCUACCAGAAAAUGUUAUCUGUGAAGAUAAACCGAAAGACCCGAAUUACAAUUGUACUUCAGAGUUUGGUCUCUUUCCUCACCCCAAAGACUGUGGGAAAUUCAUUAAGUGCUCUCAUUGGAUGCCAUAUGUGAUGAACUGCCCCAGUAAACUUCAUUUUGACCCGGCAAUAAAGGUCUGUGAUUGGCCAAACAAAGACGGGUGUCAUGGAAUUGUACCAACAAAACCUUCUAAACCUGACGGAACAUGUGACCUGUGUGAAUGUUGUUUUAUCCCUGACGACAAGGACUGUGCAGCCUUCACCCGGUGUGAAAACGGAAAAUCUUACAAAGACCGCUGUUCCCCUGGUCUGUUGUUCAACCCCAAGAUAGAGAACUGUGACUUUGAGGAAAAUGUUGACUGUGAGAAGCCAAAAGUUUAUACUACAACUACAGUUCAAGAAACGACAACAGUUUCAAGAGUCAUUUCGACUGUACCACCGACACUUCCACCAGAACCCAUUUGUUUCAGAUGUCCCGAGCCAUGUGGUUUGUUUCCUGACCCCAAAGACUGUGAAAGGUUUUACUUCUGUUAUACCGGUUUGUCUUUUCGCAAAAAGUGUCCAUCUGGUCUCCACUUCAACGCUUUUCUUCAAACCUGCGAUAAACCUGAUGCAACUGGUGGCUGUGAUACUACAACUACAGUUCAAGAAACGACAACAGUUUCAAGAGUCAUUUCGACUGUACCACCGACACUUCCACCAGAACCCAUUUGUUUCAGGUGUCCCGAGCCAUGUGGUUUGUUUCCUGACCCCAAAGACUGUGAAAGGUUUUACUUCUGUUAUACCGGUUUGUCUUUUCGCAAAAAGUGUCCAUCUGGUCUCCACUUCAACGCUUUUCUUCAAACCUGCGAUAAACCUGAUUCAGAUGUCUGUGGGAAGACAACCGGUCCAACCAUUAGACCAGCAACAAACCAAACAUGUAGUUCCGACUGCUCGAUGAUUCGUGACACUAACGACUGCACUAAGUACAAGUUUUGCGAGAAUAAUAAAAUUUAUGAAAUAACCUGUCCGUCUGACCUGGCCUUCAACCCCAAAACGGACACUUGUGACUAUGCUGAUAAGGUGGAGUGCAGAGACCCAAGAUGUCCCGAACCCAAUGGUUUCUUUCCUCACCCAGACUCUUGUCUGAAAUACAUCAAAUGUGAAAAUUGGCAGUUCAAGAUUAUGAAGUGCCCAGAGGGUCUUGGGUUUAACCCUAACACCCGGUGCUGCAACUGGCCUGACACUUGCGAUGAAGAGGUUACAAGACCACUCAUUGUCUAUCCAGCCAAGAAAGAGUGUCCGUGUAAUUGCUGUGCUAUUGCUGACCCUAACGACUGCAGCAAGUUUACACUUUGUGUCAAUGGCCAUGCUGUCGAACAAAAGUGUUCAGAUGGGUUACUUUUUAACCCUAAGAGUGAGAACUGUGACUAUGCAAAGAAUGUAAACUGUGACCGAACGUGUGACAAGGACUGUGAUGACAAGCCAACAGUGCCACCUGGUAACUACUGCAAGAAACCGUCCGGUCUCUUUCCUCAUCCCACUAAAUGCAACCUCUUCAUCCAUUGCUCCAACUAUAUUCCUCGCACCAAGGAAUGUCCAAGUAUUCUUCACUUUAACCCUAGACUCAGAGUCUGUGACUGGCCAUGGAAUACAGGCUGUGGGGAGACAGGCAAUCAAACCAUCAGACCAGCAUCAAACCAAACAUGUAGUUCCGACUGCUCGAUGAUUCGUGACACUAACGACUGUACUAAAUACAAGUUUUGCAAGAAUAAUAAAAUAUAUGAAAUGGUUUGUCCGUCUGACCUAACCUUCAACCCCAAAACGGACACUUGUGACUAUGCUGAUAAGGUGGAGUGCAGAGAUCCAAGAUGUCCCGAACCCAAUGGUUUCUUUCCUCACCCAGACUCUUGUCUGAAAUACAUCAAAUGUGAAAACUGGCAGUUCAAGAUUAUGAAGUGCCCAGAGGGUCUUGGGUUUAACCCUAACACCAGGUGCUGCAACUGGCCUGACACUUGCAAUGAAGAGGUUUCAAGACCACUCAUUGUCUAUCCAGCCAAGAAAGAGUGUCCGUGUAAUUGCUGUGCUAUUGCUGACCCUAACGACUGUAGCAAGUUUAUACUUUGUGUCAAUGGCCAUGCUGUCGAACAAAAGUGUUCAGAUGGGCUACUUUUCAACCCUAAGAGUGAGAACUGUGACUAUGCAAAGAAUGUAAACUGUAACCGAACGUGUGACAAGGACUGUGAUGACAAGCCAACAGUGCCACCUGGUAACUACUGCAAGAAACCGUCCGGUCUCUUUCCUCAUCCCACUAAAUGCAACCUCUUCAUCCAUUGCUCCAACUAUAUUCCUCACACCAAGGAAUGUCCAAGUAUUCUUCACUUUAACCCUAGACUCAGAGUCUGUGAUUGGCCGUGGAUUGCAGGCUGUGGACAUAACACCAACAUUUCAAAACCGGAUCCAGAACCAGAAAUACCUGAUGAUAAAGUAAUCUGUGACUGUGACUGUUGCUUUUUACCUGUGCAGGGAGACUGUUCAGCCUACAUUCGAUGUGAAGAAGGUAUCGCCUAUCCUGGUAGAUGUCGUGGUAAUUUACUUUUUAACAAAGAUGUGGAAAACUGUGAUCUACCAGAAAAUGUUAUAUGUGAAGAUAAACCGAAAGACCCGAAUUACAACUGUACUUCAGAGUUUGGUCUCUUUCCUCACCCCAAAGACUGUGGGAAAUUCAUUCAGUGCUCUCAUUGGAUACCACAUAUGAUGAACUGUCCCGGUAAUCUUCACUUUAACCCUGCAAUAAAGGUCUGCGAUUGGCCAAACAAAGACGGAUGUGACGGAAUUGUACCAACAAAACCUCCCAAACCUGACGGAAUAUGUGACCUGUGUGAAUGUUGUUUCAUCCCUGACGACAAGGACUGUGCAGCCUUCACCCGGUGUGAAAACGGAAAAUCCUACAAAGAACGCUGUCCUAUUGGACUCUUGUUCAACCCCAAGAUAGAGAACUGUGACUUCGAGGAGAAUGUUGACUGUGAGAAAACAGGAACAUGUCCGGAACCAUGCGGAAUAUUCCCUCACCAAGACUGUGCUAAGUUCAUGCACUGUAAUAAGAAGAUUCCUACUAUCAAAGACUGUCCGGCAGGACUACAUUUUAAUCCUACCCUGAAGUCAUGUGAUCGGCCUGAACGAGCUGGUUGUGAAAAAGACCGAGAUCCAAAUCCAGUUUGUAAUGAAUGUGACUGCUGUCUUGUGGAAGAUAAAGAAGAUUGUUCUAAAUACUACGUGUGUGAGGCGGGAAGGUCCUUCCACGCCAAGUGUGGAGAAGGCUUACUCUUCGAACCAUCUUUGAACAAUUGUGUUCUUGAAAAAGAUGCCACUUGUAAAAUUACUAAAUUCAUUUGUCCAACACCUAACGGGAUGUUCAAGAAUGACGAGAAUUGUUCCACUUUCUGGAUCUGUUCCAAUGGAAUAGGAUCUCUGUAUAGCUGCCCAGCUGGGCUUCACUGGAGCCACACCCUAAAACGCUGUGAGUGGCCUUGUGUUGCUCAGUGUGAUUCUUCUAUACCAGUCUGUCCACCAACUACUACUACUACUACAGUCGAGCCAACGAAGGACCCAAUAUGCCCAUGUCCUGAAUGUAUUUCUCAGAAUCCUUUUGACUGUCAGUCUUACUUCAAGUGUAAAAAUGGAUCGCGAGAAAAGAUGUACUGUUCUGAAGACCUGUAUUUCAACAAAGACACUAAAAUGUGUGACCAGUUAAACAAGGUUGAAUGUCCAAACAUUGGAGACCCCUGUCUCUGUAAAAUGCCCAAUGGCAAAUUUAUCUUCCCUGGAGACUGCGAUAAAUAUGUGGAAUGUAUCAACGGCAUCGCAUUUAUUAGACAGUGUAAAUGGGGACAGAAGUUUGAUGAGCUUAGGAAGACCUGCAUUUCAAAUAAUGGCGGAUGUGAAAAACUAGGUAAGGAUCCAGUGUGUAAGAAACUAGAUGGACUUUUCGCCAAAAAGGACGACUGUAGUAAGUUUUACCACUGUUCUAAUGGUAUUGCCUAUGUGAAGAACUGUCCUGCAUCCUUGCUUUUCAAUCCUCGCCUCAAGGUCUGUGAUUGGCCUUGGAACGUUAACGACUGUGGAGUUGACCUAGUCCCAGAUCCUGAUCCGAUCUGUGAGGUGAACCUUGACAUCAAGUGUCCAUCCUGCGCAUGUCGAGUGCCCGAUCCUCGUGAUUGUGGAAGCUUCUACGAAUGUACCAGUGAUGGUAAACCUUGUAAGAAGAUAUGUCCAGCAGGUCUCAAGUUUAAUGCUAUAAAGAUGACGUGUGACAAACCUGAAAAUUAUGAUUGCACCGUUAUAGAACGUGAUCCACGAGAUAACAAAGUGACUACACCUAUUCCUAAACCCUCUGAUCCUUGUGCAAGACGAAGUUUUGGGCUAGUUCGUAGUCCCACUGACUGUUCAAAGUACAUCAACUGUGGAGCAGUGCCAAGAGUUGAGCAGAUGUGUCCUCCCGGGCUUUAUUUUAAUGAAGCUAUACAAGUGUGUGAUUUUCCAUACAACGUUCAGUGUUGAAAACAACUUUUUUAUUUCAAUUAUGCUCUAAUUAUGCUCACAUAUUGCCACGUUAUUUAUAGAAAAAAAAGCCAAACGUGUAGAUUUCAAAACUGAAAAAAAACGAAGUGUUUUAGUUUUGAAAUGGAUUUCUAAAAAAUUAAAAUAAGGAACAGUUAGUAGUUUAAAUAGUGAAUAGAUAUUCCUUAAUAAUAUUGUAGAUAAUUUUAUUUAUGUAGUUGUCUUGAUCUUAUUUGGAUUUAUUAAGCCUAACGGAUUCCUUGAGUUCCGCAAUGGUGUACUUCUAGUCAUUUGUAUUUAC